AUGGAUUUGCAAUUGAAAAUUAUCACAUUUACUUUAAUGUUACUGCUUGUUUCUUCUUCUGUCAGUGCUCAAUUUCGAGUCUUUCAUAUAUCAAGAUAUGGAGCAGCACUUGAAGGAGAUAUAACUCAAGCUUUGACAAAUGCUUGGAGUGAUGCAUGUGCAUCAACAACCUCAAGCAAAGUUGUGAUUCCUAGAGGCACAUACAACUUAAAACAAAUAGAAUUUAAAGGUCCUUGCCUAGCCCCUAUUGAGGUUCAAGCUGAUGGAACAAUUCAAGCACCACAAGACCCAAACCAGUUAAAUGGAGAUACUCAAUGGAUUAAAUUUACCUAUAUUGAUUUCCUUACCUUGUCUGGUGCUGGAACUUUUGAUGGUCAAGGUACAAUUGCUUGGAACCAGAAUAAUUGUGCAAAAACUAAGGAUUGCAAGAAGCUUUCCAUGAACUUUGGUUUUGGUUUCCUCAACAAUACUAUUGUUCGAGACAUAACAUCAAAGGACAGCAAAAAUUUUCAUGUGAAUGUGUUGGGAUGCAAUAAUAUUACAUUUACAAACUUCAAUGUUAUUGCACCUGCAACUAGUCCAAACACUGACGGAAUUCACAUUGGAAGAUCAACUCAGGUGAACAUUACUGACACUAACAUUGCCACUGGUGAUGAUUGCAUCUCUUUGGGUGAUGGAAGCAAACAAAUCACUGUCUUGAAUGUGACAUGUGGUCCUGGACAUGGUAUUAGUGUGGGAAGCUUGGGAAAAUAUCCAAAUGAAGAACCUGUUGAGGGUGUCAUAGUAAGAAAUUGCACAUUCAACAACACAGACAAUGGUGUGAGGAUCAAGACUUGGCCUGAUACUCCAGUAACUACUACAGUGACAGAUAUGCAUUUCGAGGACAUCAAAAUGGUUAAUGUGAAGAACCCUAUAAUCAUAGAUCAAGAGUAUUGUCCAUGGAAUCAAUGCACCAAACAGAGUCCAUCAAAAGUUAAAAUAAGCAAGGUUACAUUCAAAAAUAUCAUUGGGACUUCAGCAACUGAAGAAGGAGUUGUUUUGAUUUGUAGUAGCGGUGUUCCAUGCGAAGAUGUGAUGCUUACUGACAUAGAUCUAACCUUCAAUGGAACUGUUGCCACUGCUAAACUUUCUAAUGUCAAACCCAUAAUCCAGGGAAAAUCGCCACCUUUGCUAAAUUUCUUAUUUCCAAGCCCAUAA